ACGGUACACACUCAAGAUAUAAAAAGCACGUCGGAUCGAUUAGACUAGAGUACAUACUGGCAACAGUUUCUCUUACUCCCUCUCCCUCUCCCUCUUCAUAUUCGCCUUUUGACCACGCCAGACUUCUUGUCGCAACCACGAACUCCGUUGUUUUCGCCCAACUAUCUUAGGGACUAUAACCACACCAUCGACUAAUCAUCAUUGUGGACAACUUCGCUUUUGCGCUCAAACUACCGGCUUUCGUCCACACUGCGUCUCCCUACCAACUACCUCCAUCCCUCUCCACUAGACUGUCGACCUUGAUUUGUUCCUCUAUGGCUACUCCCGCUUCCGAUGUCCCUAGGCAAUACGUGCCUUUAACCUGCCAUGGCCACUCGCGCCCCGUCCCUCAUAUCAGCUUCUCGCCGCUUGAGAAAGAAGAUACGUACUACUUGAUCUCGGCUUGCAAGGAUGGUAACCCUAUGCUUCGUGAUGGUCAGACUGGCGACUGGAUCGGCACCUUUAUCGGUCACAAGGGUGCCGUGUGGCAGGCCAGACUAAGUCCUGAUGCCAGCACAGCUGCUACCGCUUCUGCUGAUUUCACUGCCAAAAUCUGGGACACCCACACUGGUGAACUACUUUGUACCCUUCAGCACGAUCACAUUGUCCGUGCCAUCGCAUAUCCUCCUGAUAGCUCCGAUCUUCUUGCAACUGGUGGUAUGGAGAAGAAGCUCCGCAUCUUUGACCUAACCAGCGUGAAGCCACAAGACACUGGCGACGUGGUAGCCCAGACAAUUCCUGCCUCAUCGGGGUUUGAAAUUGGAAAAGAUAUCCAUACGGCCUUGAUCAAAUUCAUUGUUUGGACUAGGGAUCCCAAUAUUUUGAUUACAGCCUCUAACAACGUCCUACGAUGGUUCGACCUCCGCACUCGAGAAGUUGUCAAGCAAGAGAUCUUGGAUGGAGAGAUUGGCUCCUGUGAGCUUUGUGGCUUGGCCCCUGAGUUGAUGUCUCGGACGGACAUUGGUGAAGGCUUGCCUGUGCUGGCAGUUGCUGCGGGAAAAUAUGUCUAUUUUUGGGGUGGAAUGAAUGCCACCAACGAAUUGAAGCGUCUCAAAAUGGACUACCAAGUUGCCAGUGUUGCUGUGGACCCCAAGGGCAGAAAGGUUGUCGUUGGGGAAGACAAACCCGCAACAUGGGCCAGAGUUUAUGGAUGGGAUGAUGGUGUCGAAAUUGAUAUUCACAAAGGCCACCAUGGUCCUGUCUGGUCGGUUGCGUUUUCUCCAGAUGGCAAGCUUUACGCAACAGGCUCAGAAGACGGUACUAUCAAGAUGUGGAAGAACUGCGAGGGGUUCUACGGGCUCUGGCGCGGUGGAGCAGGAGGAAAUGGAAACGGAGGUGGACCUGAACGAUAUGCUGAUUAGAAUGCUGUGUUGUCUGAAGGUCCGCCUUCGAUUCCAGCCAUCUCGAGCUGUGAGGCCCAUGACACAUCGUCAUCUGGCAACUCGCCCUGGGAUGCUAUCCCCAUCUUCCCAACGUUGAAGAGCAACUAGUAUCAUUGUGUGGUAUAGUCAGAGCCCGAGUUGGGAGUGGGGGUUGGGUUUGUGGCUAGCUUGCAUCAAGCAGUGAGUCAGUCAGCGUAGCAUUCCCAGUCAAGCUCUCAACCUCGUACCUUCAGUCUGACAGAGCCAGUAAGCUAACUGUGUUCUAAAAGGUCAGAAUUAUCAGGUACCAAACCCAUCGAGCUUUUAAGUUGUC